GCAACAUAAACAGUUUUGUUAAUAAACUUGCAGAUAGAUAAUAGCAUCAUGAAGUGUUUAAUAAUUUUUUUUGUCACUAUACUGAUAAUUGUUAAAUUAAUAAAUUGUCAGGAAAAAUAUUCAGAUAAAUAUGAUAGUGUAAUGAAUGUCGAAGAAAUUCUUGAUAAUGAUGAUGCACGAAAUUCAUAUUACAAUUGUUUUAUGGGAACUUCAUCUUGUCCAAAUGAGGCAGCAGAAUAUUUCAAAGGAAAUAUGGCUGAGGCAGUGGUAACAUCUUGCUCAAGAUGCACCGAAUGGCAAAUAUCAGCAUUUGACAAAAUAGCUUCAUGGUAUUCCGAGCACGAUGAAAAUGCCUGGAAUGCUUUUGUUACAAAAUUCAUUGAUGAAGCCAAAGCCAAAAAUAUUGUAACUCCAUCAAGAAAAUAAUCCUAAUAAUUUAUUGUUAUAUAUAUUUUGUUUUUUUUUUUUCUCUUAAUAUUAGUAUUAUUAAGGUAGUUAAUUACGUUUGUUUAAAUUGAGCUUGUCAUGUCUCGUAAUUUUAUUUAAAUAAAUAUUAUAAAAUAAAUUUUAUUCAAUAAAUUGCAUCCAAAAAAAAAAAAAAAC